AUGGACGCCAGCAAGCUCACCCCCCACGACGUCCGGGUCAAGUACGAAUCAGCCGUGGUCCGCGGCAAGAGGUACAAGUACAUUCUCGGCGAACCCAAGAUCACCCUUCCCAUCGCCACCAUCUUCCUCAUCCAUGGAUUUCCGGACUGCAGCUUCGGUUGGCGCAACCAGAUCCCGUACCUCAUGAAGCUCGGCUUCCGCGUUGUUGUCCCCGACCUCCUGGGCUACGCCGGGUCUGACACCCCCGAGGAUCUGGCCCAAUUCUCGCUCAAGAGCAUGUCCGCCGAUAUCAAGGAGCUGGCACGCAAGUUUGUCGGCGACGGCCAGAUCGUCCUUGGCGGACACGACUGGGGCGGUGCCCUCGUCUGGAGGAUCGCCCUGUGGCACCCUGAGCUUCUCAAGGGCGUCUUCAGCGUCUGCACGCCGUUCAACGCGCCCAUGAAGCCCUGGCUCCCUCUGCAGGAUCUCAUUGCUAUGGGGAAGCUCAAGAACUUCACAUACCAGCUCCAACUCGCAGGGCCAGACGUGGAGAAGGCGAUUCAGGGCGAGGAGAAAGUCCGCCAGUUUCUCAACGGCAUGUGGGGGGGAUUCGGCCCCAACCGCGAGCACGCCUUCGUCGCCGAGAAAGGUGUCCUGCUGGACAAUCUACCCAAGCUCGACAGGACGGUCUUACUUUCUGAGGAGGAGCUGAACCACUAUGUCGAAAAGUACAUGCUCCAAGGCGCGCCGCAACUCCGUGGACCGCUCAACUGGUAUCGCACGCGCAAAAUCAACUGGGAGGAGGAGCUCCCGCUGGCCGACAAGGAGGUAAAGCUAGAGAUGCCCACGAUGUUCAUUGCCGCGACCAACGACUCCGCCCUGCCGCCUUCCAUGUCAGCUGGUAUGGAACGAUACAUGCCCAAGCUGACCAGGGCUGAGGUCGGCGGCUCUCACUGGGCAUUGACGGGCGCCAGCGACGAAGUCAAUGCGCACAUCGGGAAGUGGCUGAAGGCCUUGUUUGAAGGCGAUAUCAAAUCAGCGCUUUAG